GGGGAGGACUGUCUAACCCCACUUGCCGGAAGUGCUUUUCCACAGUACCAAGCUGUUCUUGCAGUUCAGCUUUCCACCUCCCCGCGCGACGCUGGCAACAACAUGCUUCUGAUUCAGAUGCUCCACUGAGCUAUAAAAAUACAUUAAUCAGAACUGUGUGGCAUCUUCCUAAGCAAGACUUUCAAUGGGGCCCACUAUGGUUUACUUCAUCCAGAAGUUUUCUCGAGCAUCUUCAAAGAUGCUGAAGUACCCUUCCACAAUCAGACUAGGAGCCAGAAGGAGAAUAGAAACAUUUUCUCUCAAAACAUGCCUCCAGCAGAACUUUUCCCCCUUGUUUCCAAGGCCUUGGCUUGUCUCAUCAUUUCCAGUGUGUAUGAGCAAGACACAAUAUUAUCACACUUCCCCAUGCAGCUUUAAGAAGAAGCAAGAGCAAGCAGUACUUCCAGCCAGGCCACCACAAACCAUCAGUUACCUGCCUGACAGCCCAAAGCCAGCAUUAUACAUAACUCUGGCGGGACUAAUCCCCUUCAUUGCUCCACCACUGGUCAUGGUGAUGACAAAGACUUAUAUUCCCAUAUUAGCUUUUACUCAGAUGGCUUAUGGAGCCAGUUUCCUGUCUUUCUUGGGAGGGAUCAGAUGGGGUUUUACUCUGCCACAAGGUAGUCCAGCCAAACCAGACUUCCUCAAUUUAGCUAAUAGUGCAGCUCCUGUUGUGUUUUCAUGGCUUGCGUUCUUUGUUUCUGAAAGACUCAGUGAAGCUAUAGUCACAGUAAUAAUAGGUUUGGGGAUAGCAUUACACACUGAACUUUUUCUCUUGCCACAUUAUCCCAAUUGGUUCAAAGCCCUGAGGAUAGUAGUCACUUUAGUGGCCUUUUUUUCAUUUGUAAUCACUUUACUAGUUAAAGAUUUUUAUCCAGAGAAGGGACCCAAGAGACUUAGGCAAGUAGAAUAAAUAUAAAACUACUCUGUAGAUGAUGUUAGCAUGUUGGCUAGAAGCCUUGUAAGGUUGUGUUUUGGCAUCACCUUUUUCUGCCUCUUCAGUUUAGCUCUUUUUUCCCACCAAUGGUGAUUUAUUCUUCCCAAAUUAUUUUUCAUUUCUAGAAAUCUUUAUUUUAUAAGGAAUCACUGAGAAACAGCUUGAAAACCCUUAACAAGUCCUUUUCAUGUUAUAUUAGGUUAUAGUUCUCAUUCAGUCUUUUUAUGAACUUUAUAGUCAUCCACUUAAAAUUUUCAAUGUUUGAAUUAUUUUGAAAAAUGUAAAUUAAAAGAUGAAAAACCUUUGUGCUAGAGCUUUAGGAUCAUUGAAAACACACACACACACACCCUCAGAGGAAAACUUCGUAUCCAUGAGUGUCUGAAAAUAAUACGUGGCUCUAGUGUGGAGUUUUCAUUGCAGUUGCCCCUGGGAAUUGCGUUUCCAAGCUCUUUUUACCUGGCACAACCUAGUUAUUUGAACUGAAAGGAUCUGUGGCUCUGAAGUCAGUAGGGAGCAGUGUCACGAGGGAAAACUAUGUUCAAAGAAAAGCUAGACACAUUUUCCAGGUUUUACCAGGAUAUUUGGCAGAGUAUAGAUGCAACUUAUCUCCAAACAUAACACCAGCUGGUCAAAAAUAGUUAAACAGUUAAAAUAAUAAAGCCUCUAGGACAUACAAACUAGGAAAAGUCAAGCUGGAGACAUCUUAAUGUUCUAUCUAGUUUUGCAUGUCAACUCACACAAAAGCUUUUUUAAAACAGCAGAAGCAACACCUUGAAUUCUAACAUUAAAACUUAGUCUUUUGAGAUGCUUAGUCUCAUAAAAAAGGAGAAACAUUUUCAAUGUUGUAAGAAUUUAAAUCAGGAAAUGGUAUCAUCUGGUAUACGUUACCUUUGUAUAAGUAUUCGAAUAUUAGGUAACUUAAAUUUCAUAAGUAAAUUAUAUACAUAUAAUUUUCACUUUAAUGAUUCUUGCUGUGGAAAGAUCAUAAUCUAGAGUGGUAACUUGUUUACUUUGUUACACACCUGUUACAAGAUUUUUUUAUGAAUUGUGUGUUCAAGUCCUAAUCCACAGCAUCUCAGAAUGUGACCUUACUUGCAGAUAGGGUCUUUAUAGAGUUAAUAAGGUUAAAAUGAGAUUAUAAGGGUAGGUUGUAAUGUAAUAUUACUGGUGUUCUUAUAAUGGAAAAUGUAGAGAUAAACACAUAUACAGAGAGAAUACCAUGUGAACAUGAAGAUCUACAUGCCAAGGAGAGAAGCCUUGAACAGAUCCCUCCUUCUUAGCCCUCAGAAGGAACCAACUCCACCAACACCUUGAUUUCAGACUUCAGGCCUCCAAAACUGUGAGACAAUAAAUUCUGUUGUUUCGGGCUUCCCUGGUGGCGCGGUGGUUGACAGUCUGCCUGCCAAUGCAGGGGACACGGGUUCGAGCCCUGGCCUGGGAGGAUCCCACAUGCCGCGAAGCGGCUGGGCCCGUGAGCCACAGCUACUGAGCCUGCGUGUCUGGAGCCUGUGCUCCGCAACGGGGGAGGCCGCGAUAGUGAGAGGCCCGUGCACCGCGAUGAGGAGUGGCCCCCGCUUGCCGCAACUAGAGAGAGCCCUCGCGCAGAGACGAAGACCCAACGCAGCCAAAAAUAAAUAAAUAAAUAAAUUAAUUAAAUUAA